AUGGUGCUCCGCAAACCUCCUCCUCCACGUCUCGAGAAUCUCAACAAGUGGCAUGCCCGUGCAGAGUCCUAUUCCCCAACCUCCUCCCAUUCCCCGUCAUCGCAACGUCGGACCCGCCCACACCGAGUUCCUUCCCAGGACUCUGUCUACUCCCCAGAUCUCAAUACAUCCCCGGCAUUUGAUCUGAUGCCUCUCGAACAGGCUCAGAGAUCCCCCGUGGGCUCAUCGACGAGUCACCCGCCCAACUCCUGGAAUGAUGGAUUGGGAGACCGACCAGCCACCGGUGAUGGGUCGUAUCCAGCGGGGUCUGAGGUGAAAGCACACGGGCUCCCGUCGGCUCUCGCGCCGGGUCCACCAGGAUCGUCAACUGGCGAUUUUGGCUGGCAGCCCACCUCGCGAGACCGCAGCUUCACAACGGGGGAGGUACCGUCAGAGUAUGGAAAUAAAUAUCCCCCACACCUUACCACCAACCUUCUUCCCGGGAUGAUCGAUGUUGAUACUGACCCCUUUCAAGCGGAGGGAUACAUCCCCAUGACAGCGCGACUCUCCUUACUCGAUUCUCCCGAAAACGAAUCCCCAUGGGCAGAACACGACUUGACUCAGCCCGACUAUCAACGCCCUCUGGCCAAUCCCCAGCCCUACGAGCCGUCCCCCGUCAACAAAGCAGCUUCCAAUUCACAAUCACCCUUGCCAAUUGCAUCGGGCAUACGAUCUCAAGACAGCGCUCUUGGACAACCAUUGACAGCUCCAAAGCUCUCACCUGCAGAAGCGGCCAGACAGCAAGAGCAGAGGGCAGAGACCUAUUCCAUCCGCCAGAUCAACCGCACUGAUCGGAAUGGAAACCUAUUCCAGUCUCCCAUCUUGGUUCAAAAUCUAAAUGGUCCCUGUCCUUUACUUGCUCUCAUCAACGCGCUUGUACUUCGAGCUGAGCCAAAUACACAACCACCGAUCAUCAAAGCUCUGCGAACCCGCGAACAAAUCUCGCUGGGCUUGUUGAUCGAGGCUCUUUUCGACGAAUUAACUACUUGCCUGGGGCCACACCAGGAGUUUCCGGAUAUUGAAGCACUCACUCAGUUCCUCACUAUGUUGCAUACCGGCAUGAACGAAACCGAGGAUUCCCUUGGCACAUUUCUUCAAACCCCAGAUAUUCGAUUCUACAGUACAUUUGGCAUUCCUCUCAUUCACGGCUGGCUCGCAUCCUGGUCUGACCCAGCCCAUGAUGCUAUGACCCGGAUUGGUCAAUACCAUGAAGACAUUCAGUUGUUGCAUUUCAAUAAACAGGAUCUUGAGGAUCGUGUCAUGCAGGGCCAGUCUCUCUUGCCGGAGGAAGAGGGAAGGAUGGCGGACAUCCAAACCAUUCAGCAUUUUGUUGAUAUCGAAAAUGCAACACAGCUGAGCCCAUUUGGGCUGACACAACUAUCUACACGACUCGCGCCCGGCUCCAUCUCGAUCCUAUUCCGCAACGAUCAUUUCUCUACGCUAUAUAAACAUCCUGAAUCGCAUCAGCUCUUCACUUUGGUCACAGAUGCUGGUUAUGCCAAUCACGCAGAGGUUGUCUGGGAAUCCCUCGUCGAUGUGACUGGCUUCAAUGCAGAGUUCUUGUCUGGCGACUUUCGAGCAGUUGGCCACGGCCCAUCGGGCUCUGGUGGUCCCUCCGCCUCCGAUCCCGUCGAUCCUCGUGCAUCAAACCUUUCACCGAAUAGUCCGCCCGCGGCGAACGAUGGAUCUCAGUCCCCAAUGUCGAACCAGGAGCAAAGUGACGCAGAUUAUGCAUAUGCACUCUCACUACAAUUCCAAGAGGAGGAACAGCGUGAAAGGCAGGGAAGUCAACAAGGGAGCGACAAUGGCCCCCGUGCAUCAGGCCCCGCCCGUCGCGAAUCUGUCCCUCCUCGCAUGCCAAGCUCUUCCCAUACACGAAGUAGCUCUUCACCGCGUCUAUCCUCUCCUCGCAUCAACGGGCCCGACAGAGUUUCGAGCAUUACCACUGGGCUCCGACAGCAACAGCCACGACCACCCGCUGCAGCCGAUCCCGAUGAUCCAAACGCGCCCCCUCCUCCUUACGAACAAGCUGCGAGUGGCCCACGGUAUUCACCUCCUGAACGGCGAAACCGAUAUAGCGACUUCCCCGUCGAUUCGAACGGUUCAUAUUCUCCACGAUACCCCCCCGAAUCGAUAUUCAAAUCGGCCCACUACAGACCGAUAUGGUACCGACCGGAAUCGUAA